ACAGGUAACUUGAGGUAGUUCCAGGAAGUAUUCCUCACCUCUUUAUUUUGCUUAUAGUUACCCUUCUAAUGAAGAGAAACGGAUGUUGGCAGAAAGUAUGGUAACGCUGUUUCCUUCUCUGAAGAUCAAGAUGGGAGAAGAGAAUGAAGGAUUUGAACAUUUCUAUGACCCAGUUUCCCACAGUGGAUUUAUUGAGAUGAGACUUCGGAAUCUACGGAGGAAACUUCAUGAUGAUCAGCGUCGCUACCAGCGCAAAUGUAGUCGAAUCAGUGAUUCCUCUGGAGUGUCUAUAACUUUGGAAAUAACUGCUGAAGGGGAGGAGGAGUCCUCGGGAGUGGACGACUGUGAUCAAAAGGAUGAAACCAUCUCCAGAAAACCUCAAUACCAUCAAAUCUGGCAUGGAGAAAACGUACAAUAAUCGCAGAUUAUGGGUCGCAAACAAGUCUCCAACAGUGAAAGAGAUUUUUGAACAAUAUCCUCGAUUUGUAGACAUGCCAUACUUGACUUCAUGUGAUGAUAAUAUCAGCGAUGCAGAAAAAGUGUAUCGGGAAUGUCAGCAGAGCGGCCCACUUUCCUUUGGUGAAUGCAUCCCUCCAGCUGCCACGAAACACUGUAUAAAGAUCGGUGAAGGGAAAUUUGCAGAGGUCUUCUCCGCUAUAUCCCAUUCCAAUAAUACCGUCGCUCUCAAAAUCAUCCCAGUAGAAGGAAGUCACCAAGUCAACGGUGUACACCAGAAAACCUUUCGUGAACUGAAAUCCUCCAUGAAAUCAUCAUUUCUAAGUAGGAUCUCUGGCAUAUCUCAACAAAUAUGUUAUCACUGCAGGGAGAGGAGAGGUCACCGCCGCAAACUGAAAACCCAAAGAAGUGCAAGCGCUCUGAGAAAGGCCCCUCAGCCCCGCAAACGAGCUGCACCAAGCACCUCCUCGAGCGAGACGCCCACCAGCACCAGCCCAGAGGAUGCGGACAAGAAGGAGUCGGGGGUGUCCACUCUGGAGUCUGAUAAGGUCAUCUGA